AUGAAAUCUCUUGCGCUUUUCAUGUCCGCCGCCUCGCUGCUUGCAGCUACUGUCACUGCUGCUCCUCUGGAGAAGCGUGCCGCCAUGUGCGGUCAAUGGGAUACCGCUGUUGAUGGUUCCUACACCAUGCUCUGUAUUAAACAGCCCUCAAUUGACCGUUUAACACGUAGUUACCAAGAUCUUUGGGGCGAGUCUGCUGCUACUAGUGGCUCUCAAUGCACCACUGUCAACUCCCUUAGCGGAAAUACCUUGUCUUGGUCGACUUCAUGGAGUUGGGCUGGAGGUUCCAGCAGUGUCAAGUCCUUUGCCAAUGCUGCUCUUAAUUUCACACCUAAGCAGCUCUCUGCUAUCAAGUCCAUCCCCAUCACUUGGAAUUGGUCUUACACUGGCUCUAACAUCGUUGCUGAUGUUGCCUUCGAUAUGUUCACCAGUUCUAGUGCUACAGGAUCAAGCCAAUACGAAAUUAUGGUUUGGCUGGCUGCCCUGGGUGGUGCUGGACCCAUUUCGUCCACUGGCAGUCCCAUCUACACUUUCACCAACGCUGGUGUUACAUGGAAGUUGUACUCCGGUCCCAAUGGAUCAACCACUGUUUACAGCUUUGUCGCUUCAAGCACCGUCAACAGUCUGAGCACCGAUUUGUUGGCUUUCUUCACCUUCUUGGAAUCCAAGAGUCUCAUCUCUUCUUCUCAAUACCUUACCAACGUUCAGGCUGGAACUGAACCUUUCACUGGAUCCAGCGCUACCCUCAGUGUUUCCGCUUACAGUGCCGCCGUCAACUAAAGUACUCUCUGAUAUGACGACCAUGUAAUGAUCUCCUAUAUCAAUCUGAUACCUGAUAGUAAAUCUAUUGUUAUAACUCGCAUUAGGAUUCUCUCUCCGUAAGAAUCAACUAAUGACAUAAAGUAUUUCUAUUUGAAAAAAAAAAAAA